GCAGGGCCGGGGGGGACGUCGGCCGGUGCUGCGCCCCCGAUCUCCUUCAACGAAGCGCUGCAGUACUUCCAGACAGCCGACCUCUCCGAGUGCAGGAAGAAGGUCCGGGCGACGGUGCGCAGGCGAGGCCUGGCUGCUCUGGUUCGCUUCCUCUUCGGCCCUCCCCGGCUCCAGCCGCAGCUGCAGGGAGAGCGGGAGCUGGCUCUGGCCAUGGCGCAGUGUGGUUUGGAUGAUAACGAGAGGGUGCACGUGAGAAUCCUGCAGACCAUUUACAAGAAGCUAACCCGCUCCAGGCUGGGCUGCCCGCGCUACGGGGCGCACUGGGAGGAGCUCGGCUUUCAAGGUGCGGAUCCCGGGACUGACCUGCGAGGGACGGGGAUGCUGGGCUUGAUGCAGAUGCUGUACUUCGUCAUGGACUCUCGGACGCUGCCUCUGGCUCAAGAGAUUUUCAGACUAUCCCAGCACGAAACCCAGAAUUUCCCCUUCUGCAUCAUGUCCGUGAACAUCACCCGCAUCGUCAUCCAGGCCCUGAGGGAGGAAUGUCUCUCCAGGGAGUGCAACCGCAGGCAGCAAGUCAUCGCCGUGCUGAACGACCUGUACGCGGCGGCAUUCCUGCAGCUCUACCGCGCGUCUGGAAGGCAGCACAAGACCCUCGCCGACUCCGGCUCCCUCCUAAAGGAGCUGGAGUUAUCCACCAGAAAGAAACCGAAGCAGCUCCUGAAAUCCCUGGAGGCCUACGUGAACCGAAGCCCCGCGGCAGACGGCCUUCAGCAGCCGUCCCCUCCCUCCGCCUCCGGCGGCGGCGAGGAGAUCAACUUCACGGGCGUUUGCGACCUGCAGAUCGAGCUGGAGGGAGAAGCCCGACUGAUCUGAAACGGAGGCAGACGUGCCACGGGGAGCUCUGCUCGCGGCCCGGCUCGCGGAGGACGCCUGGCCGC